GUGUCGCUCUGUCCGGCUUAAUGUGAAUUCGGGUCGUUAAUAGUCGGAAGUUCAGUUUCUGUCUUGGUGUGUGUCAAUCUGUGGAUUUAAAUGGACAGACGGGUGUGAUAAAAUGGGUAAGACAAAGGUUUUUGUUAAAUAUGUGGUGUUUUGGGGGUUUGAAGCAGCGGGGCUGAGCUGUGAGUGUGACCGAAGAUCAGUGACUGUAAGCGGGUGUGAGGUCAGUCUAUCAGCCGGUGAAUGGGAGCGGUGGUGUAGAGAAAUCUGUUGGAGUCAGUGAGGAGCUGACUGUCAUCUGAGGUCUUUACUGAGGAAAAACAGCAAGGAGGUUUUACUGUUAAACACUAAAAAAAUCACACCAAAUAUGUGAAGCAGACUAACCUUACACAGCAGCUCCUGUUGGACUCAGGUUAGAGUUAUGACGGUUAGAUUAGGGCUGAGCUCGGGGCUCAGGCGCAGGUCACAUCUGUGGUCUCGUUCUAACUAUAAUCUGUAUAAUAUAAAAAAGUUUAGUCGCUAUUGAAGAUAUCAAUAAGGAUAGGAUAACAACCUAUCAAAUGUUGAAAGUGUUUUUUUUUUUAUGAAAAAUGUAGAACCAUUGCUACGGUGGCCGAAAACCGCCACUGCUGCAAAUAAAAAAAGAAUGCAAAAAAAAAAGAAGCCACAAACGUGAGUGUAUAUACUAUGGACAACUUGGUUCCGCCUCUCGCCAGUAUAUGGAUUUGAAGUUAAAAAGCGAUUUCCGCGAUUUUUCUUCAUUUCCUGAAACCAACAGUGCGCAGUAGCAUUGUACGCAUUCAGCAGGAGAGUCGCCGAGAGUCUCUGUGAUGACGCUCGGCUCAAACAGCGUAUCCCCCGGGUGAGCUACACAAUCUUCGUACACCCAUAGGCUGUAUUAGGUGUCAAUCAUAGAAAACAUGAACAUGAAUAACUUUUUAAAAUGGAGCUGUACAGAAAAAAGAGGACUUGAGCACAAACCUGUCUUACAAUCACAACAUGUCAACAUCGCGAGCAGGGGGGAGAAAAAUUUAUAGUCUGUGUAGUAAAUUUUUAAAGUUUGUCCACAGCUCCGUAAGCUUUGCUGGCGGAGGCGGGAUGUAUGACCUAUACUGCAGCCCAUCAACAGAGGGUGCUGUUCUCGGAGUGGUUUCACCCAGCUAGGAGGCAGAUGCUGUCCAUUCUAUAUACAGUCUAUGGCCAUAAUAGAAGUUACCAAUGCAAAAAAAAAAAAGAAACUGAAGCCCGCUGCAAAUAAAAAAAGGAACGGAGCAGAUUAAAAAAAAAAAGCCACAACAGAAGUUAACGACACAAAAAAGGGUCUUGUUUUUUUUGUUGUUUUUUUUGCAUCGGGCUUCAGUUUCUUUUUUUGCAUCGGUAACUUCCAUUGUGACUUCUUUUUUUUUUUUUGCGUUCUUUUUAAAAAAAAUUUUUUUAUCUGCAGCAGUGGCGGUACUCGGCCACCGUAAAUUUUAAAAUUAACGCAGCUAACACGUUUUUUUUUUUUUUUUUUUUUUUUUCUUUGAAAGACGUAGAGUUUUCUGUUUUUAUCAUCAAACAAAGAAAUAAUCAAAAUAAUGCAAAAGUACCUACCAUGACUAACUUGUUUGUUGUUGUUGCUCUUAUAAAGAGUGCUUAUUUGUUUAUUUCUCCUUCUACCCCUCAUCCUCAGAGGGCAGGGACGAUGCCUCAGACCAGGAUGAUGAAGCUGGUGGUUACGGGAGAUGACUUUGGUUACUGUCCCAGGAGGAACCAGGGCAUCGUGGACUGUUUCCAAGCCGGAGGACUGUCUAAUGUGUCCCUGCUGGUCAACGCCACCGCCGCCAAAGAAGCUGCAGAUCUUGCAAAAAGGUGAGGAAGCUCCUGAUGACAUUGAUGUGUCUCUGUGUAGGAUUUGCCCUUAAUGUAGUGAAUAUGAAACAUAAAACUUAAAUAUAUCUCAAAUGUAAACAGACUUAAUAGCAAGGUAGAAACUAACCCUCACGGUGGGGUUGCGGACAGGUGGUGUCAAUCUUUAAGAGUGCCAAAAAUUGGCUGAAAAGGGAAGUAACUCCUUGUUUUCACCUCACUUUACCUGACAUAUCUCCUCACCAGACACAACAUCCCCAUUGGUCUCCAUGCCAACCUGACAGAGGGUGUACCUGUAUGUGAGAGUCUGCAGACGGACUCUACGCUCGUCAACCAGCGGGGGUUCUUCCAGGGGAAGAUGGGGUUCAGACAGGUGCUGCAGAGAGGACAGCUGAGCAUGAAACAGGUACAGCACACCCGGAUUAUAAUUCUGAGCCUGAUCCUGAAUCUGUGGUAGUCUGCGGUAAUUUAGCCUUCUGUCUCAAACUGUACCUUACGAACCUCAGUCCACUCUUUAAUAAGUCUACUAUUUUCAUAUCAGACCUCAUCAGUAGGUGGUUUCAGUUUCACUUGUUGAUCAUAAACAUUAGAGUGAUAAUCUUUCGUUCCAUUAACUGUGUGUUUUUUGUUUUUCUUUAUCGAUCAGGUGGAGCUAGAGCUCAGAGCUCAGGUGAGGCUGUUCACAGAUCUGACAGGUCACCUGCCUCAGCACAUGGACGGACACCAACACGUCCAUGUCCUACCAGGUAACCAUUCCCCACAGGUGUGCAGUAUCUGACUUAACAGACUAAACAUGUUGACAGCAGGAGUAAAUAAAAUAUUAUUGUUGUUUAUUAUAUUAUUAUUAUUGUUGGAUGUAUUAUGUCUCUAGAGGUUGAUAACUUUGUAGCACAGGACAAAUACACAGCAUGAUAUAUAAAAUCUCUCUUACAUCUCUAAAACAAAUCACAAGUAGUGCAGUUCAUCAUUUGAACAGGUUUUGACUGGCAAAGGACAUUUCGGUGCCAUAGGGAUGUAAUCUUACCAUCCCUUUCUGCACCAGCUGCAGGAUAAUAGUCGCUCCUUUGCAUUUAAAAUUAGCCAAGGGAAAUCCCUUUUCAACUCAGCCUUGUAUUUGUAUAUUUCUCUUUUUUCUUUACCCUUACUUUAUAUUUAUCAUUGUUUCUUAGUGUCAGUUUGUGUAAUUACACCUUUACUUUUGUGUAGGGGGCCAGUGCCCCAGUGAGUUUGCCCCAUGGCCCUAAAUAUCCAUAGUUGACAGAUUUACAUCUUAGUAUCUUCAAAAUUUACCAGACAUUUAAUUAAAAAUACAACCCAAAUUUUACAAAAGUGAGGACAUCAGACACAUCCUUUAAAACAUGCAUUAGAUAAAGCCUUUUAACCAUUAUAAACCCUGACCUAUCAACCAGUGCAUUUGGGGUAGAUUAUAGGUGUUGGAUGGUGUUUGACGAGUGUGUGUGCAGAGUACUAUAGUGGUUAUUCUGUGUGUUUCAGGCGUACGUGAGGUCUUUGCUCAAGUUCUAUCGGACCUCGGGAUCUCCUUCACUCGGGUUCCAGUGGAAGCAGGUUUACACAGCUGCACCUGGCUGCCCCCACACCUACACAGGUUCUACACACAGGUGGAGCAGGAUGCUCUGGACUCCAUACCGGUCUUCACACGCUACGGAAUCAGGUUUGAUCUGUGUGUGUGUGUGUGUGCGUUACUAUCAUGGCUAGCCAGCACACUUUGCCUGUAACAGCCCAGAUGAUUAACCCUAAUCUCUUUUCAAUGAUUGACAAGUCAGGACUGUGGGCACGCCAGUUUAGCACCCGAAAAAGACCAUUUUCUGGCGUUUGGCUUCCCAGAUGUGAAAGCUCCCCUCAUUUAUCGGGAAUGCUGGCUCUAGUAGCAAAUGCUGAUGUCAAACCAGCUGGUCCUGCUCCUUUUUAGAGUGUAGCAUCUGUGGUUUCCAAAAAGAAUGUCAGAUGUUGAUUUGUUAAUCCACAGGGAGGUUUUCCACUGUGCCUCAGUUCAUCUCAAUUAGGAGCAGAUCAUGUUUAUAUAUGGCUCAGUCUCUUACAUGGUCCAGUUCUAACCUGUAUUUGUGGAUUAGUGAUUAACCUCAUUAGUCGGAGGAUAGUCCUCCAACUUUUUUGUUUGUUUGUUUGUUUGUUUGGCAUUACACAACUUUUUUCAGUGUUUUCUUGUCACUGCCUCAACUAUUUUGAUAAUUUUUUUUUUAUUUAAAAUGAGUGCAUGUUUUUCAUUAAAAAAACAAACGUUACUCGGUUUCAACACCUGUGUGUGUUCUGCAUUAUUUUCAGUUAAAACGAGGCUUCAAAUGAUCAACAAACCACCAAAACCUGUUUUAUCAACAUGUAACUUCUUCUACAUGAACAUUGUUUUGAUAGGAUAUAAUUGUGAAUUUGUCUGAUAACCUAUUUUAAGGUUUACUUCUAACAUUACGUGCCCAUGAGUUUGCCUGUGUGGUGUCCCUCAUUGUGAGUGUGAUGUUGUUGUUGGAUCAGUUCAGUGUAACAUGAAGUUAUUUGUGUAUUUUGAUGUGAUGGUUUUCAAACUGAGUGGGUGACCCUCUGUGUGUCUUCAGGUGGCCCGACACGUACCUGGGACUGACCACCAUGGGACAGAACAUGUCAGUGUCUAACCUGCAGAGGGCACUCCACCUGGCACUAUCCACGGGACACUCCACUUCUGCCUCCGGCGAGGACUCGGACUCCGCAGUCACUGCAGAACUCAUGGUCCACCCCGGUUACCCUUCCCUGCCCCAGCAGGGGGGAUGUGGAGAGGGACCAGAUGAUUUCUCCCAGUCAUCUGACAGACAGCACGAACUGAGCGUGCUCAGUAACCCAGCUGUGCUGGACAUGUACAGGCAGGAGAGAGUGCAGCUGUGCGCCUUCAAAGACCUUUGACAACAAGGAAAAGGCAUUGAAGUUUACCGCAACACUGUGUUUAUUUGUAAUGAACACCAUUACCCAUCAGCCCCAGGCAGCCACGGGUGACAUACGCACAAUUUAUGUCUAUUUGAGGAGGAACUAAAACUGUCAGGAAGUUGAACUGGGUUACAAAUGAAGGUUUAUAAAUCAUUAAAGCUAUAACAGGUUCAUGUAGAAACGCAGUAAGCUGAUUUAGAAUAAAGACUGAACUUUCAGAGAGUGGAUCUCUGCAGAGAUGCAGGACCCUACAGAAAACUGAAGUGUCACACAACAGAGUGUUGUGUCGUCUGACAGGAGGAGGAAAGUGAAGAGGUUAAUCUUUAAGCCAUAGAAAGUUCUGCUGCAUUUCAUUUUUGAUACAAGUGAACUUAUUGCACUCCUACAGGCCCUUCAUUGCACAGAUUCUUUCCUAACACGAGUUUUAAUGUUGUUUCCGUUCACUGAAAACUGGAAAAAAAAAACGAGGGCGAUUUGACUGAAACACUAAAAAUUUCAAGCAGCUCAAUGAUCACUCACAAUUAAUAGAAGCAAUAAAAAGCGGGAAACACAGCUGAAGAUCAGACUGACAGUAAAUAGUAAGGAGAGGGGAGGUGUUCUCCCCACCAUUUUCAGAUUUAGGCAUUCCAUGUGCACGUAUGGUAGAGCAGGGAUCUCUCGGACCAGAACCAUACCACCACACACGGUGGUGGUAUGGGCAUGGGUAUGGUAUGGGCAUUUUUUCGUUGUAUGUAGAGACUUUUUGCUUAAAUGAACUCCUGCAGAGUUUAUUCCACUUCAGAUUCGUCCAGUUUUUAGUCAGGUCACUAAGAUUGCAGUUCUUUAUCAAGCUGUAAAAUAAUGUGACUAUAUAGAUUUCUAAUGUUUGACUAUGAAACAUUAAGUGAUUUUAACUUGGGAUAUGCACCUUUUAUCUCUAAGAGGAAUAAAUGUUUUUACCCUUGUCAUUCAAAGCCAGAAUUACUAGUUGGUUAAACAAAUGGUUAAUAUUUUUAUUAUUGUAGGCCUGAAAUUUAGUGAAUUGUUGUGUCUAGAGCCAUAACCCAACUACCCUCCACUAACUGUGGUUGUGAAUGGCCUUUCCAGUCUGACCAGAGCUACAUAUUUGAUAAGUUCUACAUGCAUGUGACCAACUUUUAUGGAGGGGCCACCUCCUGGUUAGAAGAAGAAAGCUGACAGAAUGCAUAGCGUGUGUCUUUUUGAUACCUCCAGCACUGCAAAGUGUAACUUCUACACACAGGAAAUCAAAGCCAUGUUGAUGAGCCUGUUUUCUGUGUGACGGCAAAGAUGGAGACUGAUGAGCUGCCAUAAACUACCAUGUGGAUACACUGCCACUUUGUUUCCAACAUGUCUGACCUCACCUGUGCGACUGAUUCCAGAUUCAGCUGUCUGCGUAAAAUGUUUAGAUUUAUACAGAAGCAACAAACUAAACCCGUGUCAUUUUAAAAAUGUUACUUCACACCGUUAUUAUUAUUAAUGAAGUUAUGUCUUUGUAUGCUAUUUGUGACUCAGUUAAUGAGUUUGAUCAGCACACAGUAGUCUGAUGUCUAUUCUGUUUAAUAGAGAAGGUUAAAAAAAAGCAAUAAUGUGUCUGUGAUUGAAAAAGAGAUGAUUGUCUCAGGUUAUGUAAUUUAAAGCUUCUAAUCAGCUGUCAAGUGUGUGUCAGUAGGUGAAUGUGUGUUUAACUUUCUGAACACCUUUAACUGCACAGGGUGUUUGUCAUAUAUAUGUCUCUGUGUGUAUAUAUAUACAUAUAUAUAUAUAUAUGUAUAUGCAUAGCUGCUCUUAUUUUUCUAUCAAGUGUCUGUAGAAACUUUUUAUGAAUUGUCCUAUUUAAAUACAGAAAUCACAAUACUGUAAACUAAUAAAUGGUGUUAAAUUACUGCAUAAUGUUACUCUGUCUUCAUCACUAAAAGAAAGGUUCAACUUCAUUUUCACAGCUUCUUCCCCUUUACUCUUAGCGGCUGAAUUUUGAGUCAAAGCACUUGAUUGUAUCCCAAUUCCACAAAGUUGCGAUGCGGUGAAAAAUAAUGAUAAUAACAGGAUGUAAUGAUUUGUGAAUUGUCAGGAAUCCAUGUUUAAUUAAAAUACUACAAAGACAAUAAAGAAUGGAACUAAAA